ACAGGUGACUGGUAGAAGAGAGAGACCUCUUCCUGACUAUGUCGAGGAGAAAGUUGGAGAAUAAAAGCCUUUCUGGCUUGUUAGCCACAUCUCUGCAGACACAGAUCAAGACAGACAAUUUCCACGAUUUUUAUGUGCUUGAAUCGAAAGAGCUAGGAAGAGGAAGAUGUGCUGUGGUUAGAAAAUGUAUAGCUAAAUCUACAGGCCAAGAGUAUGCAGCUAAAUUUUUAAAGAAAAGAAGAAGAGGUCAAGACUGCAAAGCAGAGAUUCUUCAUGAAAUUGCAGUACUUGAAUUAAUGAAAUCUAAUCCUCGCAUAGUUAAUCUCCAUGAAGUCUAUGAAACAGCAAAUGAAAUCAUCUUAGUGUUGGAAUAUGCUGCUGGAGGAGAAAUAUUUGACUUGUGUGUCCCAGAUCAGGAUGACAGAAUUGGUGAAAGGGAUGUUGUAAGACUUGUAAGACAAAUACUUGAAGGACUUUGCUGCUUGCAUGAAAACAAUAUUGUUCAUCUUGAUUUAAAGCCGCAAAAUAUUUUGCUGAGCAGCAUCAAUCCUCUUGGUGAUGUAAAAAUUGUAGAUUUUGGUAUGUCUCGGAAGCUUGAGAAUUCUAGUGAACUGCGGCAGAUCAUGGGAACAACAGAGUAUCUAGCUCCAGAAAUCUUAAACUACGAUCCUGUUACCACAGCUACAGAUAUGUGGAACAUAGGUGUAAUUUCAUACAUGCUGCUGACACAAGAAUCUCCAUUUGUGGGAGCUGAUAAUCAAGAAACUUACCUUAAUAUAUCUCAAGUAAACGUGGAUUAUUCAGAAGAAACAUUUUCAUCAGUUUCACAGCCUGCCAGAGACUUCAUUCAAAAACUUCUUAUAAAAAAUCCAGAGGAAAGACCCACAGCAGAGGCCUGUCUUUCUCAUUUGUGGUUGCAGCAAGGGGAGUUCAUACUCUUGUGUAGCCCUGAAGAAACUUGUUGCUCUUCUCUGGUGCCAGGACACACAGCAAAAUGCUCAGAAGAGCGGAAUGUAAAAUCCAAUUGUAACGGUACCUGUAGCGACAAGGAAGACAAAGAAAACAUUCCAGAGGACAGCAGUACAGUCUCCAAACGUUUCCGUUUUGAUGACUCAUUGCAGUAUCCCCAAGACUUCAUGACAGACGUUGUAUGUUAAUGUGUAAUAUAGACUUUUAUAAAAUGAAUUUAGCAUAAUCUAUUCCUGUGGUGAAUAUAAGAUUAUGGCUUGCCAAUUCGUGCAGCAUUGGCAUACUGGAAAUGCACUUUGAUUCUUUUAUGCUGGUGCUUCCUUUUCUAUCCAUUGCUGGCAAUGGAUUUAACUCCUGAGAAAGUGGGGUUGUUGCACCAAUAAAAUUUUUUUUUUUAAAGAAGAUAAAAUUAAAUAUUUUUGCACUUUUCAAGUUUUAGUCCAAAAAUGAUGCCA